AUGCCGGACUCAUAUAUCCAUAUCAAAGGGGCAACGGUGCUCUCUAUGGAGGCAUCUGGCAGAGAAGUCCUAGAUAAUUGCGAUGUUCUCAUAGAGGAUGAGUGGAUCAAGGCCGUUGGCCCUGAAAUUUCUCCACCGACAGAAGGGAAGGUGGUCACCAUCAACGCAGAAAACUGCAUCAUUACUCCCGGGUUCGUCGACGGCCACCAUCACAUGUGGCAGCAUCUCCUACGGGGGAUCACCGUGGACUGGUCACUUUUCGGUUAUUGUUGUCAUCUGCGGACCGUUUAUGGGAGUUUGUACGAACCAGAUGAUGUUUACUUCGCUAAUUAUGCGGCCGCUUUGAGCCUCCUAAACAACGGCGUCACAGCUGUCCUUGACCACUCCCACAUAAUGAACUCCCCAGCACAUGCUGAUGCAGCUGUAAGGGGCCUCAAAGAUGCUGCUAUCCGAGGGACAUUCUGCUAUGGGUUCUACCAGAACCCCACAGUACCCGGGGAUCUCGCCAGUAUGGCAACGGAUCCAUUUGACAAAGCCGCUCGGAUCAAAGAUGCUCUCCGUGUACGCCAGGAACAUUUCCCAAACAAUGAUCCAAAAGGUUCCCUACUCACUUUUGGAAUUGCUUUGGAUGAGGCGCCGAUGCAGUCUCGAGAACAGAAUAUCGGGGGGUUGGAGAUGGCGAGGAAGCUGGGCGCUAGGAUCAGCACUGUGCAUACUUCGGUGGUAUCUCAUGGGGGACCAAAGGCUGAAGUCAUCGAGCAAUUUGCUGACGCAAACUUGAUGGGACCGGACCUCGUGUUUAGUCACGGAGGUUGGAUGACCGAUGGAGAACUUGCUGCGGUGCAGAGUUCUGGAGCUGGUAUUGUCGCGACGCCCGACACGGAGCUGCAGAUGGGCAUGGGAUAUCCUGUGGUAUGGAAGGCGAGCGAUGUGGGCUGCCGGACGUGUCUUGGACUUGACAUUACGUCGAAUCAGGGGAAUGAUUUCAUGGCCCAGAUGAGGCUGGCACUGCAGACACAAAGAGCUCGUGAAUAUGCGCAUACGGUACACAGACAGGUCGGCAGAAAAACGGCGGAUGUAUUACGCAUGGCGACCUUGGGGGGAGCGGAGGUUAUGCAGAUGGAGUCGCUGAUCGGUUCUAUCGUUCCCGGUAAAAAGGCUGACCUGGUGAUCUUCCGUUGUGACGAUAUUGACACGGUGCCUGUGACGGACGCUGUCGCGACUGUUGUCUUCCAUGCAUCAUCGAAGAAUAUCGACACCGUCAUUGUUGAUGGAAAAAUUGUUAAACAGGACGGUCAUCUUGUUGGUGUAGACUGGGAGUCUUUGCGCGGUGAGCUAAUAAACAGAUCGCAACGGCUGAGGGACCAAGCAGCCAAGGUCGAUAUGCAAAAGCCGGAAUCGGAGUUCCGCUCCAUAUUCGAGAGGGCCAUGCAAGAAUGA